AUGAUCACCGCAGUGUGCACUGUCGGCGUUCUCCUGCAGGUUUCGGGUCUGACGUACGGGCUGCCGCGACCCGCGGGGGCUGACCUGAACACGGCGCCCAACUACUACAUCAGCGUGGUGGUCCCUCCGGACACGGCCCAGGAGCGCAGCAGCGCCUCUGACGGCGAUCAGCCGUACUCCAGCCUCACCAUCACCAUCACCAUCGUGCGGCCGUCCAACGUACCUCCCCCGUCUCCGCCCCUGCCUGAAGAGGCGCCGGAGGACAGAGUACUGUCUGAUGUCCUGCGCACGGGCUGUGCCUCCGGGCUGUCACCCUGCGGCUCCAGCUGCUGCUACGACGUGUCGAGUGACAACACCUGCCCCCCGGGCACAACCAUGGUGGACGGUGGCUGCGUGGAUUUCAACUGACCCGCGAGAGCGACGAAGGGCAGAACGGGAGCGAUGGAGCGACGGAGCAACAAGCCAGAGAACCACGACGCGCUCGUGCCAGGUGGUGCACACGAAACCUCAGUCAAGUGCAGGAUCGACGCACCAGUCUCCUUGGGCCGGUGUUUGGGCACAAGGACGUCCAAAUAUGGCACAAGCUGGCAGAGUGCCGAGGGAAUGCAUACAUACUGACGUGACCUGACAUUCACACACAGACCGUUGCAUACUGCAAUACCGCAGCGGGUUGAGGCCAGCGUGUUGCACGUCUUCGGAAUUAAUUCCGGCGUAGAUACCAUCUCCAUACGAAGCAAUGGUUUUAAGACGUAAAACUUUAUCCGAUAUAUGCGGAGUAGAGUAAUUAUU